AUGGCUUGGCCGAACAAGAAUAAAGAUAUGCUCUACCGUCGGGUGGGCAACUCGGGUCUCCAUGUUUCUGCGAUUGGCCUGGGAGGCUGGUUAACAUUUGGUGGGCACGUUGACGACGAUAUUACAUUCAAGUGCAUGAAGCAGGCUUACGAGUGCGGUGUUAACUUUUUCGACACAGCAGAAAGCUAUGCCAAUGGCCAAUCCGAGAUUGUUAUGGGAGAUGCUAUUCAGAAGGGUGGCUGGCAGCGGAGUGACCUGGUGAUCAGCACAAAGUUAAACUGGGGAAUGGCGAAUGGUGAAAUCCUCAUCAAUAACCACGGGCUGUCCCGGAAGCACAUUAUCGAAGGCACGCGCGCAUCGCUCCGACGACUAAAACUCGACUAUGUCGACAUAAUCUACGCUCAUCGUCCCGAUCGUCUCACACCAAUGGAGGAGACAGUACGUGCAUUCAACUUUGUAAUUGACCAGGGCUGGGCCUUCUACUGGGGAACAUCAGAGUGGUCUGCAGACGAAAUCACUGAAGCCUGCGGCAUCGCCAAGUCCUUGGGCUUGGUUGGACCCAUCGUCGAGCAGCCCCUUUAUAACAUGUUGGACCAGAAGAAGGUUGAGGGCGAAUUCCAACGGUUAUACACUCGGUGCGGAAUUGGUUUGACCACUUUCUCUCCUCUUAAGAUGGGACUCCUAAGUGGUAAAUAUAACGACGCAACCACCCAGCCUCCACCUGGGUCGCGAUUUGCGGAGAGCCAGGAUAAAUUUGCCAACCAAGUGAGGAACGACUGGGAGAAUAAGGAAUGGGCGGGAACUAUUGAGAAGAUUGUCAAGCUGAAGGACUUGGCCGACAAGCUCGGAUUUAAGCUAUCGCAGCUCGCCCUCGCAUGGUGUCUGAAGAACGAGAACGUAUCCGCAGUGAUUACGGGCGCUUCCAGACCAGAGCAGAUUGUUGAUAAUGUAGAAAGCUUGAAGCUGCUACCGAAGUUGACCCCAGAGAUCCUCGCGCAAAUUGAUGAAUUGCUCUUGAACCGCCCUGCCCAGGACCCAGCACGCCAAGACUAA